UUAUUCUGAUAGGACGUAGGUAGGUAGGGUUGUAGACUUGUAGUGUUGUAGGUACCAGCGGCAGCUAUUCUACAUCAUUAAUAUUAUUAUAAAUAAGUAAUAAUAAUUAACACUGUCUUACUUAUACAUAAUACAUUUUAAUGACUGUCGUCACUCGUCGUCGUCCGUCUUAACUCUCGAGUUUUCACAUUUCGUGUUCAGCCCAGGGCCGGUACCGGAAUUCGAACGUUUUACGUUUCUUGUUAAUCGUCGUAAACAAUUUUCAACCGAGAGGAGACGUCACGUGCACUUAAGACCGGCCUGUCCAGCCUCACUCGACAAUCGACAUGCACAAUCCUCUACUGAUGAUACAUUGAAACGUGAAAGAAUCUAAGAAAAUGGACUUUUUAAACAAUCUUGAAGGAAUAGUAACUAAGAAUGGGGACAUGGUAACAUUUAUAGCUGAAGAUUUGGAAAGCAAACUUAAACAGACCAGCCCAACAAUACCCACCAGACCUUUAGGAAGAUUUGUUUUAGACGCCAAUUUACUAAAUGACCUCGAGUUUGAAGCCAGAAAUAUUGCUGCAUCUGUAGAUACAUUAUCUGAAUCUCUCUCAGGAGUUUUACAUAGCAUGUCCGCAUUAACUGUUGACUGUUUGGAAAUAUACAGGGAUGUGGUUUGUAAGACAUGUGAUUCAAUUGAUGCUAAUAUUAAAUCAAUGUAUCAAUUAAUGGCUAAAUGCGAAGAAGUAUCAAAAGAAAUGGAACCUAUCUAUAAAUUGGCUCAACAAGUUAAAGAUAUAAAGCACAUUUUAGAUUUAUUUGAAAAUGCAGUAAAUUGAUAUUGUAUUUGUAAUAAAAUAUACAUUAAACAAUUGCUCUGAAUUUUUAUUUAAUAUGUACAAUUUUAAUUACAUAUUGUCACAGUCAUAACACAUAUUAAAACUCUAAUUAUCCAGGUAUGAUGUAUAUAUAUUAUAAUAUAUAAUUACACUAACUUACUUAUGGUUAUAAACUAUUUUAUUUUUAUGUUAAGAUGGUUAAAUACUUACAGAUAAUUGACUUUGCUUAGAAUUGUCUUUAGUUUCAUUUUGUAUUGAUGAAGGAAUACAGUUGCAAGUUCCAGAUUGAUGUAGAAAUAUAAAGUAUUCACUUCUACCUAAUAUCUAUUAAUACUUAAUGUUAAUUAAAUACAUACCGAAUGCAUUAA